AUUCAACGCUUGCAUCCUCCUUCUCGCCCCUCGUCAAGCCGAAUCCGUUGGAGAUUCCGGCACAUUCCCGUUCCCAAUCGCUCUCUGGAUUAUCAAUAGCGCGGUGUAGACGUGGUCCCAUUUGACCCAGACAGCCACCAUGGACUACUCCGCCAUAUCACACGAUCCGGACCAUCCCGCGGGGACUUCUCCCUGGGCUUCACCUCGCCCGACCCAGACAACCUUUCCCGCUUCCGUGACCAGCGACAUCCCCCCGGCCCCCUUGCCUCCUCAAGAUGAAUCCCCGUACAAUGCCGCUGUGGAGUCGCAGCCUACCGAAGAGCCUGGGUCUCAGGAGAACGAGAUUGGCUCCCCCGAUCUGUCGGCGCGAUUGCAGAGUGCCCAACUGGGUGAGCCCGGCUAUGCUCCUGAGCAGCCACAAUAUAUCACCCAGCAGCAGCCGCAGCAGGGACAACAGCCUCGCUCCCAGCUCCCCGCCCGCUACCAAACAGGCCCAAGGCAGAAUGCUAGACAACCAGCCCCCGUGUACAGAAUCCAGGCGAAGGUUACAGGCUUAGAGAGGACGGGCAAGAAGGACCCCAUUCUUCGAUUUGAUGUUCACACCAAUAUCCCCAAGUUCAGAACGACCCAGUACCGAGAUGUCCGACGUACCCAUGGCGAGUUUGUCAAGCUCGCCGAGCAUUUGAUUUCAGCUAACCCGGAAACGUUCGUUCCUGCGGUUCCUUCCCCACUAACCCCUGCCGGCGCAGGCACCGAGGAGGACGAGAUCAGAGUCAAGUCUUCUUUGCAACGAUGGCUGAAUGUGGUGCUGAGCAAUGAGGUCCUCACUCACGACGAUGAAGUGGUCUUGUUUGUCGAGAGCGAUUUCGGCUAUAGCCCUGUGGUUCGGAUGAAACAGCCCGCAACUGGGGUCCGGAGAAAGGUCUUGAAGCAGUUUGCGCCGCCCCCCGACGACACGCCUGAACUACAGAACGCACGGCCUGUUGUGAAGAUGUUCUAUCUCGGCACAAUGGAUACUAGCCACAAGGUGGAUCGUGUGGUCAAGGCCCGCCGAGGACUUGGUCUCGCUGAAUCAGACUUCGGUGUUAAACUGGGCCAGAUGCACGUGCAGGAAACACACCCCGGUCUGUCCAAUGCGUACCGGAAAUUAGGGAAGAUCAUCCAAACGGUCGGAGAUUUCCAUGCCGUCCAGGCGACGGCCGAGGCCACGACCCUGGGGGAUCCACUAAGCUACCAUUCAUCCGAUGCCUUCAUUGUGAAGGAGACCCUCACCAACCGCCAUAUCUUACUGCGAGAAUUGAUCCAAGCCCAGCAGGCUACACGUAGCAAGCGUGCUGCCGCUGACCGUCUCAAGGUCAGCUCCUCUGUUCGCCCAGACAAAGUGGAUGAAGCGAUCAAUGCUUUGGACGAGGCCCAGGGCCAUGAGGACCACUUGACCAAGAGAACGCAGCGGGUUACAUCGAACUUGCUCUCAGAAAAGCAGCGUUGGUUUGCGCGGACGUCUAACGACAUGCUGGCGAGCCUGCGCGAAUAUACUCUGCGCCAGAUUGAAGCCGAACGUAGAACUCUGGCUACACUGGAAAGCGUGCGACCUGACAUCCGGGCCAUUGAUGCAUCCGGAGGGCUCAGUCGGCUGGGACGUGAGUCACACCCGGCUGCCCGGAGACCCAACCUUGGGUCCAGCCAAGGCCCCAAGGGUGAUGCGUGGAGCGGAAUACCUCGGCGCAGCGACAGUCUGGGCCGGAGCCUGAGUGGCAGCUUCGUUGCCCCUUCACCCACUGAAGAUGAUGACGAGGUGAAUGGGCACGGCAAUGGCAAGGGACGGCUGCGCUCUGCCAGUGGUGUGAGCUCCAUUGUGGAGGAGGAUGACGAUGAUCGACUGGACGCCCGGAAUGCGGCAAGUCGCCUGGCUACGAGCACCUUCUAAGUAUCUGUAAAUUACGUGCAUGAUCCUGUGCAAGAUUCCCCUUUGACACCGACUUUCUGUUACUAUAACCACCCUCGAAUUCUCAAUUGUAGCCCGUCUAUUCUACCCACGACGUUGAAUCAUCCCUUAUGACCACUGUCUCUGUUGAGAAACCAUGUGUUAGCAUUCUUGUAGCCUCCCAGUUACUUUUUCAUUCAUGCACCCCUCACUCCAGAAGCGAUAGGCGCAAUCUUAUUAUGAGUAGG